UCGACUCGAUCGUCACCAUGUUGCCGCGUCCGCAUCAUUUUCACUUCGUUUUCCGGCACCGAAAUCACCGUCGUCAUCCUUGUGUAGCCGCUCGGACUACCGUGACAAAGGGUGCGGCCACUGCCAUCGUCAUCGUUGACAGCAGGAGCAGCAGCAGCAUCGCCCCGCUUCGCACCCGCUGCGUCCCCGAGCAUCCGUCCGUCGUUCCACCAGCGGUGCGUCGUCAGGUAUGACGACCAGCCCCCGCGGCCAGAGCCGCAGCGACAGUGGAGGCAGCGCGGGUCCCGGCAGCCGCCGCACCCACUUCCGAGAGUCCAUACAGCUUCCCCAGGGCACCCCGCGUGACAUGUACGACAGCCUGCUGAGCGACGGGAACAAGCGGGAGACGUCCAAGAGCAAGCCGUCCAUCGCGUUCAGUGCGCCCCACGACAACAUGGACUCUCCCUUCAGCUCGCUCGAAGAUUUCCGGGACUUCAUGUACAGCUACUACACCGAGGGCCAGUCCAUGAUCGCGCACAUGCGAGACCGCGUGCCCCGGGACCUGCCCGAGGUGGCGCAGCUACUCGAGGCGUCCUUCAAGAGGUACGUGAUGAUGAAACUCGGGCUGGACUGCUACUUCUCGACGGUGGUCAACUACAGCGCGGAGCGCAUCUCCAAGGAGGACCUGCGCUACUGGCCCAACCACAUCCUCAAGAACAUGGACGAGAACAUGAGCUGGAUCAUGGAGCUGAUCCGGCGCCGGCCCAGCCUGUCCGAGUUCUACAACGACACCGUGGAGCAGCUCAAGAUGCUGCUCUACCAGAUGCGAUCGGCCACCCAGCUGUACGACUGGCAGUCCUUCUAGCGAGACGUCGGGUUCGGCUGCGGCCCCGUGACGUCACCGUGACGUCACCGCCGCUCGCACGCUGCGCCUCCUGGCGGCGACCGUCGACACUCGGUUGACGCAUUAAACGUUGUAAUCGGGCAAGAAAUGUGGCUUUCUCGGCCUGACUUUGGUACCUCCUUCUGUAUUGUAUUUACUUUGCAAUUGUGUUAAUGUCAAAUAAUAAAAGAUCAUUGAUGAUCGA